UCUUAACUCCAAAUCCAGUCCACAUCGCGUCAGUCUCUACAGCUCACUUGGGACGUAACAGUUAAAGCUCCUCGGGAUUGUUUCUUUUUCAUAUUCUGUCAUAUGACACUGUACAGGGAAUACUUUGGAAAUUUGGGAGCAACAGGUGGUGGCUGCGGCCCAGUAGCUUGUGUGAUAGUGGAAGAGUAAAGGAUUCUGCCUUACACAGUUGGGUCCCAUUAGAGAAGAAAUCCAACCCAUUUUUGUUGAACGUAAGGAAAGCCCACUGGGAUCUCUGUUAGUCCCCAGUCUUAUUUCUUCGGCAGCUGAAAAGCAUUAAGAUAAUUCUCCAGUGAAAAGUGCAUCAUGAAAGAGACUUACAUUUCAAGCUUCAUAUCCAUGGAGGGUUAACAUCUUUUGUUAUGGAGACGCGGUCAUAAAUUGCAAAAAUCUAAGAAGCAGAUUUUCCAUAAAAACAGAACAAUGAACUGUUCUGCUUGGCUGCUCAUCCUAAUUGCUUUUCUCAUGAUGGGACAUUGUCUACCAAAAUCAACUAAUGCAAAGCAAAUGAAAACAGCCAAAUCAUUGGAGCGGCAUGUACUACAUCGCAGAGUGCGACGGGGCUGGAUAUGGAACCAAUUCUUUAUCCCAGAGGAGAGCACAAAAAUGCAGUACGUUGGCCAGAUCAGAUCUGAUUAUGAAAAGGGGAACCUUUCUAUAAAGUAUAUACUUUCAGGAGAUGGAGCAGGAAGUGAUUUUAAAAUUGACGAAAACACUGGCAAAAUCUAUAGUAUCAAGAGGCUGGAUCGAGAGAAAAGGGCAUUCUACACAAUGCGAGCGCAAGCAAUCGACAAAAAGACCAUGCAACCUGUGGAGCCGGAGUCAGAAUUUAUUAUUAAGGUUCAAGAUAUAAAUGACAAUAAACCAGUGUUUCAGAAUGAACCUUACAUUACUAGCAUUCCAGAAAUGUGUGCACCAGGAACUUCAGUCAUACAAGUGACAGCCACAGAUGCUGAUGAUCCAAGCUUUGGGAAUGGUGCCAAAAUCAUCUACAGUAUCCUCAAGGAACAGCCAUACUUCUCGGUGGAACCAAAGACAGGUAUUAUUUUUACACUUUCACCUGAUAUGGACAGAGAAAUAAAAGAUCAAUACUUGGUAAUCAUACAAGCAAAAGACAUGGCUGGACAGAGUGGUGGUUUCUCUGUGACGACAACCGUGACAAUUAACUUGUCUGAUAUUAAUGAUAAUAGUCCUAAAUUCCGAGAGAAGAUGUACCGUUUUUUCAGUCCUGAAGACGCUCCUGUUGGUGCAAUUAUUGGACGAAUUAUGGCUGAUGACAGUGACACAGGAGAAAAUGCGGAAGUGAACUACACCAUUAAGGAACUGGAUAGCUUUGAUACGUUUGAUGUAAUUAAUGACCAUAAAACUCAAGAAGGAAUUAUCGUAUUGAAACGGCCUCUCGAUUUUGAAAGUAAAUCAAGAUUCCACCUUAGAGCUGAAGCAAUCAACAGAUACACGGAUCCCAAGCUUGACAGUAGUCAACUGACUGAUGUGACUGAUGUGAAGAUCACUGUUGGAGAUGUGGACGAGCCUCCGGUUUUCAUGACUGACUUCUACUUGUUGAACAUUACUGAAAAUGCACCACCAGGCUCAGUUGUUGGCACGGUGGCAGCAAAAGACCAAGAUGAGGAUGACAGUCCUAUUAGGUACUCAAUUAACCACUGGACCAACACCAAGAGAAUCUUUAAAAUAGAUAUUUACAAUGGAUCAAUCACUGCUGUUAAGCCUUUAGAUCGAGAGGCAGCAUUUUGGCAUAACAUAACAGUUUCAGCAACCGAAGCCAAAAAGCAUGGUUUAGUGUCAAAGGUUUCAGUUAUAAUAAGAGUUAUUGAUGUCAAUGAUAAUGCACCAGAAUUUCCAAAACAAUACACUCCAUUCGUCUGUGAAACUGCCAAGCCAGGCCAGCUUAUUCAAACAAUCAGUGCAGCAGACAAAGAUGACCCUGUGAAUGGUCAUCAUUUCUACUAUAUGUUGGAGUCUGGGGUAAACAAAAAUCCAAAUUUCACUUUAAAGGAUAACCAAGAUAAUACCGCUGGAAUCCUCACUAGAAGAAGCGGCUUUAGCAGACAGGACCAGGCGUACUUCUAUCUACCCAUUCUCAUUACAGACAGCGGCGAGCCGGCACUGAGCAGCACAAACACACUCACCAUCAUGGUGUGCGACUGCUAUCCAGAUGGAAUUUGCAAAUCCAGUGGCGUCGAGGCCUUUGCUCUCUCCGUCGGUCUCAGUCCUGCCGCCUUUAUUGUGCUGCUCACGUGCUUCAUUUUACUGCUGGUCACGGUCUUUCUUUUAAUGGCAUUAAAACUACAUAAGAAGAUGGUCAGGUCCAAGAAAUGGGAAGACGUCACCGAGAAUGUGGGGCGAUAUGACGAUGAAGGAGGUGGGGAAGAGGACACAAACGCUUUUGAUGUGGUUACUUUAAGGUCUCAUACUGCAAGAAGAGAACGUAACUCACAAAAAGAAAAGAAGGCCAAAAUUCGGAUGUCUAUACGGCAGUCGCUGAACAUUGGACCGGAUGAUGAUGUUUUCAGGGAAUUUAUUUUGGAUAGACUUUAUGAGGCAGACACUGAUCCAUGUGUGCCGCCGUAUGACUGUUUACAUAUCUAUGCUUUUGAAGGAGAAAAUUCCAUAGCUGGAUCCCUAAGUUCUUUGGAAUCUUUAACAUCUUUCUCUGAUAAAAACAAAAAGUAACACAGAGCUCUGUCGUCAGUUAAUUAAAAAAAAAAUUGGGAGAAUAAGAAAAAAGAAAAAGAAAAACACUGUUCUGGCAUAUGAAAGCAAAAUAUACCA